AAAAAAAAAAGAAGACGAAGAGGAUCGAUUGAGCUGCUCCUCCGGGCUCGCGGUACAAGAGGAUCACACAGCCGUAGCCCAUGUGCCGGCGACGACGGCAUUGUGUGGAUUAGAUGCCAAUAGCUCACAAAUGAUUUGUGAAAAUCUUUUAAAUUUAAGCGAAUAACUCGGAUUCAUCUGUGGAGUGCACAUCUGUAGAAUUUGAAAAUCUGGAGGAGGACCUUCUGAAGCACGGCUACACUUACGAAGCUUCUGAAGUCUGUGAUAUAAAACAACCCCCAGGAAACGAAACGAACACUCUUUUUGGCGAGAGUGAGAGUAUUCGUAGGACAUCCCCGACAAACGACAAUUCGGAAAUGGAUGCCAAAGCUUGUCAGAAGGUGAUUCGUUUCUGGCGAAUUAUAACACCGAAAAGAUGUCAUUGAGUAUAUAAAAUCGGAUAAAUCUGAUGUAAAACCCACCAAGCGGUUGGAAAACCCCCAACAGAGCACCUACUUUACAUUGGAAGACAUCCCAAUGAGUGAGUGGCAAACCAUAAUGGAGGUUCCCGAUGUAUCAAGUAUCAAAACGGAAGCGUCGGACAAUCAAAGUAUUAAAUUAGAGGAAAUGGGAAAAAUUGAAGCAAGGUUCCUCGAGGAAAUUCCGGAUUGGAAGCCGAAAGCCAUUGCGUUGCGUACUGCCUCAAACAAACCGAGUGAGGUGUCUGAGGAGAAUGCAAAGAAAGCAGCCAAGCUGCUGUCUGAUAUCCAGGCCGCAAGUGAUACUCAGUUCCUUCAAGAAAUUACUUUAAGCCAAUGGCCAGGCAUGGAUGUCCCAGAAGCCAUCUCAGAGGUUGUCGGCUUCCGAACAGCGUCAAACAAACUAAUUGAGAUUGCUGAGGAGAUGAAAAAGAGAGGAGCCAUGCUGCUGGCUGAUGUCGAAUUCGGAGAAACGGAUCCACCGAAACAUACACGUGAAAUCCGAGAUAAGGAAUGCUUCUCCGAGUAUAUGGGAAUAGCUGUUGGAUUCCGAACAGCCUCAAACAGACCAAUUGAAGUGUCUGAGGAGAAUACAAAGAAGGCAGCCAAGCUGAUGGCUAAUAUCCAGGUUGCAAGUGAUACUCAGUUUCUUCAAGAAAUUACUUUAAACCAAUGGCCAGGCAUGGAUGUCCCAGAAGCCAUCUCAGAGGUUUUCGGCUUCCGAACAGCGUCAAACAAACCAAUUCAGAUUUCUGAGAAGAUGAAAAAGAGAGGAGCCAUGCUGCUGGCUAACGUCCAUGCGACAGAACAGCUAAAUUAUCCGAGUGACGCACAGUUCCGGAAAGAAAUGGACCUGACUGAAUUGGAUAUUCCAGAGAUAGUUAGCUUCAGAACAGCCACGAGUAAACCGAUCGAAGUUGCGCAGGAGAUGAUAAUGAAACCUGCCGAAUUGAUGGCCGAUGUCGAAGCUGAAUCAACAAAUGAGCCAAGUCUGAAGAGUCCUAAGACAUUUGCCUCAAGCGAAGCCACGGAGGUAAUGGAUGCAUUAACUGGAGAUGGACUUCCAUUAAAUUGUGAGCCUGAAUGCCUGCCGGAGAUGUCAGAUUAUCUUUCCGGUGAUGAUUUCAAGGGUUUCCCAUCGGGCAAAUGCCAGCCAAUGGACUUAUUUGGUCUCCAUGUAUUUCCCAGACUAUCACAGACAGUAGAGUAUUCAUCUGAGAAGGCUCCCGCAAAUGAUGCCAGAUCUGGGGCACCUAAGCAACGACGAGAGACUUCCGACGGAAUCCCCUCGAGCAAGCGUCGACGUCGAAACGCAGAGCCCCAACUUUCAUCCUCCCCACAGCAAAAACCGCAGAACGGUCACAGCUCUCCAAAACAACGUCGUGGCACAGUGCAUUGGGAACCCCCAAUGAACUCGCAGAGUAUCCCCGCCUCUUUGUCGCAACUGGCAGAGCGUUCGCCCCUCGACCGCACCACAAAGACGUCCGUGAUUGGACGCCGGAAUCUGUUGUCGCUUAGCAAACGACGCAAGCGGGUCAGCACCGUUGGUGAAUGCCAGGCCCAGGACACUGUCACUCCGCUUAAGCCCCGCUUUGCCCCGAUGUCUGCUUCGACCAGCACGCCGCUGUCUAACAGGAAUAUAAACCUGGUUGAGGAAUACCGCGGUGGAGAGGACGUCUCUCCCAUUUGCAUGCCCCUUCAGAAAGCUCCCCGCAUUGGCUUGAGUCGCAGUCGAUAUUAGCAAUGUUUUGUUUUUAGAUUUCUACUUAGUCGCAGUCCGCUACAUACAUAACAUAUGUACAUCCAGAUAUCCAGAACUUCCUAAUGUAUAUACCUAUAUUAAAAUUUAUAACAUAUAACUACUUAUAAGCAAGUAAGAACAAAGAUAUAAGAUAACAAUCGAAGAGUGUAAUUAAAAAAUACUCGUAAAUGCGAA